AUCCAUCCAUCCAUCAACCAUCCAUGCCUGCAUCCCAGGCAGAACCAGAGGGUGGAGCUCUCGGGUGACCAGUGGUGACGCGGAUUCCAGUCUGCUCAUAUAGAGGCGCCGGGAGGCAAGGACUCAGCUCCGCCGCCACCGCAUCUCCAGAGCCAGCGCCACAGCGGCCCCAGGACACCAGUCCAGCUGCCGCCCCGAGCAUCGCCACCGAUAUGAGAGAGAUCGUGCACUUACAGGCCGGCCAAUGCGGCAACCAGAUCGGGGCCAAGUUUUGGGAAGUUAUCAGUGAUGAGCAUGGGAUUGACCCCACCGGAACCUAUCACGGGGACAGUGACCUGCAACUGGAAAGAAUCAACGUCUACUACAACGAGGCCACAGGAGGAAAUUAUGUCCCCCGUGCCGUGCUGGUGGAUCUGGAACCGGGGACAAUGGAUUCUGUCCGAUCUGGCCCUUUUGGACAGAUCUUCCGGCCUGACAAUUUCGUAUUUGGUCAAUCGGGAGCCGGCAACAACUGGGCAAAGGGCCACUACACGGAGGGCGCGGAGCUGGUGGACGCGGUCCUGGACGUGGUCCGCAAGGAGGCGGAGAGCUGUGACUGUCUCCAGGGCUUCCAGCUGACGCACUCGCUGGGCGGCGGCACCGGCUCGGGCAUGGGGACCCUGCUCAUCAGCAAGAUCCGCGAGGAGUUCCCGGACCGCAUCAUGAACACCUUCAGCGUGGUGCCGUCGCCCAAGGUGUCGGACACCGUGGUGGAGCCCUACAACGCCACGCUGUCGGUGCACCAGCUGGUGGAGAACACCGACGAGACCUACUGCAUAGACAACGAGGCGCUCUACGACAUCUGCUUCCGCACGCUCAAGCUGACCACGCCCACCUACGGCGACCUCAACCACCUGGUGUCGGCCACCAUGAGCGGCGUCACCACCUGCCUGCGCUUCCCGGGCCAGCUCAAUGCCGACCUGCGCAAGCUGGCGGUGAACAUGGUGCCGUUCCCGCGCCUGCACUUCUUCAUGCCCGGUUUCGCGCCUCUCACCAGCCGCGGCAGCCAGCAGUACCGCGCGCUGACUGUGCCCGAGCUCACGCAGCAGAUGUUCGACGCCAAGAACAUGAUGGCGGCCUGCGACCCGCGCCACGGCCGCUACCUGACGGUGGCCGCGGUGUUCCGGGGCCGCAUGUCCAUGAAGGAGGUGGACGAGCAGAUGCUCAGCGUGCAGAGCAAGAACAGCAGCUACUUCGUGGAGUGGAUCCCCAACAACGUGAAGACGGCCGUGUGCGACAUCCCGCCGCGGGGCCUGAAGAUGGCGGCCACCUUCAUCGGCAACAGCACGGCCAUCCAGGAACUGUUCAAGCGCAUCUCGGAGCAGUUCACCGCCAUGUUCCGCCGCAAGGCCUUCCUGCACUGGUACACCGGCGAGGGCAUGGACGAGAUGGAGUUCACCGAGGCCGAAAGCAACAUGAACGACCUGGUGUCCGAGUAUCAGCAGUACCAGGACGCCACCGCCGAGGAAGGCGAGUUCGAGGAGGAAGCCGAGGAGGAGGUGGCCUAGCUCCCCUGCCCUGGCUUCAGCUGUGCCCCAGCCUUGACCCUGAGCGCCGCACUCCUCCCCACCCUAAGACCCCCAUGAGCACCCUCAGGGUGCCCUUAACCGCCAUCCAAGCCCAGAACCCAGGUUGUUUCCACCUGCUUCUUCUCUGGCCCUCUGGCCCUGCCUCACCUGAACACCCCCCCAACCCCACUUUGUCUCCAAUCCCAGCUGGAGCAGUUCCUCCAAUUUCCAUCAGCCCCACCCACUUCACCUCCUCUGAUCUUGCAAACUGUAGUCUAUGAUCCUUCCCUCUUCACUCCUGUAUUGCUUUCCACCUCUGACACCCUCAGACCCAUCCCACCCCCAUGAAAUCUCUCUACACAUGGAAACCUUGAUAAUGUCUAACCCAUUCUCUGAGACUUCUUCACCUGUGAUCUGAUCUUAUUUUUAACCCCACAGGCUCCCCCUCCUCACAGGUCCCCCCUCCUCACAUAUCCCCCACAUAUCUCACUGGCUCCCACAAGUCUAUCUGUGCCCUGCUUUGUUCCACAGUGGCUUGCCAGAGAAAUGAUGUUGGAGGGAGAGGAAGGAAAAUUUGAUUGAUUGAUUGAUUGACUGAUUGAUUGAUGAUUGAUUGAUUGAUUGAUUGAUUGAUUGAUUAAAAGUUAAUUAACUUAAAAAGGCCUAGAAUCACAGGUGAGAGAAUUCAUCCCGAGGGCCCAUCUACCCAGCGCUACUCUCCCUGGCCUCACUGCCCCCCAUCAAUAAAUUAGUCUUCACUCUGCUGUGA